CACAAACAACACUUCCGAACACCAAGACAACUUCAAACCGCGACCAAGAUGCCUAAGAACAAGGGAAAGGUACGUCUGCUUGCUAUUGUUAUUGUGUCAGCGGGGCAGCCCCGCCACGCCUCUCAGCGCAAGGAAGCCCAACUGUCUGCGAAGCCUGGGGGCUACGAGUUGAAGAGCAUGGCGCAUGCGCUGCCUCUCCAAACACACAACACUACUACACAAGCACAGCACACUAAUACUUUGAACAGGGUGGUAAGAACAGGCGUAGGGGUAAGAACGAGAACGACAACGAGAAGCGCGAACUCGUCUUCAAGGAGGAGGGCCAAGAAUACGCCCAGGUCGUCAAGAUGCUCGGAAACGGCCGUCUCGAGGCCCAGUGCUUCGACGGCGCACGUCGUCUGGCGCAUAUCCGCGGCAAACUGAGGAAGAAGGUCUGGAUCAACCAGGGCGACAUCAUCCUGCUGUCGCUGCGAGACUACCAGGACGAGAAGGGCGAUGUGAUUAUGAAGUACUCUGCCGACGAAGCCCGUUCAUUAAAAGCCUACGGCGAGCUCCCCGAGAACGCAAAGAUCAACGAGACGGACACAUACGGCGACCAGGGCGACGAAGGCAUCGGCUUCGAGUUCGACGAGGACCGUGACGACAGCGACUCGGACGAGGAGACGGGUGGCAAGAAGGAAAUCGACAUCGACGACAUUUAAAGGACUUGCCGUGUGGUCCGCCAUGCUGUCUCGGGGUUCCUUGCUUGGCUGGUUCCUGCUGCCCAAGGCCUGAGCUGCUCAAAUGCUGCUUCUUGCGAGCGGGCGGACGGAAUUGCGAGAAGAAGUUUUUGUUUCUUUGCCUUGUUCGUGGUUCACGACGGCCACCCUGUUCCAUACCUUUGCGAUGUCAUGAGAUAGAGGAGAAAUGCAUGCAAUACCCUUC